GUUAAGUAUUUGACUUUUUUUAAUAUAAACAUAGGACAUUUAAGACUAAAUUUUAUGAGAUGCAACAUACGGGGGAAUUACAUGUAUUUUUUACAUUAAUUAUAAUAAAGACUGCUAUAAUAUCCAAACGUGAAAAAAUGUUUUAUUUCAGCUUAUUAGUAUGUCAUUGUCCUAUUGUAUGGUUAUAUACUCCGUUCGUACAUAAAAAUGCAUUUAUGAUGACGUAAAUGUAAUUAUAAAUGUUAUUUAAAAUGUGAGUACAGCAUUCUCAAUAAAAUAAAAGUGUAUUAAAAAUUUGCGAUACUUAAUGAGCGUAAGAGCGAUGGCAUAACAGCACAGAACGAUAGUAUAGUAAAUAAACGCAAUUUUCCAUUCUAAGGAUGAUCCGUGAACGGUCGGCGGUUUAAAUAAGAAUGAUACAUAAUGCGGACACCUAACGUGCGCCCGCGUAAUAUCUGCAUAAAAAUAUAUAGAUUACGCCUCAUAGAUGCAAUUGAUAGGCAUAGAGAUAGAUGGAGAUGUUAUAUGGCCUGUAAUAAUACAUGAUAGAUAUAAUGUCGCCCAUAAUAACAUAUAAUUUAGUUGGCGUAUAUUUUCCACGCUGACUGAAUUACGCGUAUAAUUUGGAAAAUGUUUCAUCGAUUGCUUGAUAAUAUCGGCUAUUAUCUUCGUGCGGGAAUAUGAAAAAAUGACGUGAAAUUGCUGAAUGAAAUAAAAGUGAGAAAAGAAAGGAGCGAGGAUGCGUCGCGUUCACGCACGUAGAAGUACUGUAGCGUCUCGCGAAAAUGGACGUGUACGACGAUCAAUUUUACGGAUAUACUCGACGUCUGUUGGCCUCACUUGGUCUCUGGCCCUCUCAGAGUUCGAGAUAUAGGAAAGUCAUAUGGAUAUUCGCGUUGUCCCUUUACGUACAUGGUAUAGUAUUUCAGUAUACGACUUUUAUUACGCGUCAGUAUAACAUACAACUGUUCAUCGAAUUGAUGUCUUUGAAUCCUCUACUAUUCCUCUAUAUUAUAAAGCAUAAUGCUGUUUACUUGAAUUUCGCAAACGUGAAGUUGUUACUGGAACAAAUUAAUUAUGAUUGUAUUGCGAUAACAGACAGUCGAGAGCUUGAAAUAAUACAAAAAUACGCCAGUAAAGGAAAAUUCUAUACUAUUUAUUCCGCGUUAUUCAUGUACAUAACUACGUCGAUGUUUAUUUUUUCGUUAUGCAUACCAGAUAUCUUGAAUUUUGUGGCACCAUUAGAGGAACCCCGUCUACGAGAAUUACCCACUCCAGUAGAUUGCUUUCUUGAUCAGCAACAAUUUUUUUAUUUUAUAGUAUCUGAUUUUGCAUUAAUUGCUCUGAUAGGUAUGACCACAUUCAUAGCUACCGAAACGAUGUUUAUGAUGUUUAUAUUGCAUGCUUGCGGAUUGUUCGCGAUUGCAAGUUACCGCAUAUCUCACGCAUUUGACGACUGUACAAACAAAUCUAUUAUUCACGCAAAGAUAGUACAUGCCGUAAAAAUCCAUGAACGAUCUUUACAAUUCAUGGACUUUAUUAAUUCCUCUUUCGCUUUAUCCUAUCUGCUUCUCGCAAUAGCUGGUGUGAUAUCUAUGACCAUUAAUAUGGUGCGAUUGUUUCAAGCAAUCGAGCUGCAUAUAUCUAACGACAUAUUUGUUUCUGCUAUGUAUGUUUUUACUCAUUUUUUAUAUGUGUUCUGGGUGAAUUAUUUUGGGCAAAUUCUUUUAGAUCACAGUGAAACCGUUUAUGAAGCGACAUACAGCGCGCGAUGGUACAUGGCUCCUUUACAUUCUCAGAAAUUAUUACUUUUUAUAUUACAAAGAUCAUCAAAGGCAUGCAAUUUCAGUGUAUUUAGCGGUGUAGUAAUCGCAUCGAUGGAUGGUUUUGCUUCGAUUGUUAGCUUGGCAAUGUCUUAUUUUACGGUGUUACAUUCAAUGCGAUCGUGACGCAGUCAAGUUUACGGAAGAAAACACGAUAGUGAUGACGUUAGAAGCUCGCACGUUGCUUGUUAUAAACUAAUUUUGAACUAGAUUUUAAACAGAUUCUUUUCAAUUUGUGGACAAAUUUUGCGAAUAAUAUCAUUUUCAUAUAAAAAAAACAACGGUUAAGAUAUCUGCCACAGUUUCCAUAAUACAGUUUUCUUUGAUCAUUUAUUUCAAAGAAAUAACAAUUUUGUAUACUAUUGAUAAUCAUAAUACUCAAAAGAUUUCUUCAGGUUUGAUAAAAGUUUUUAAAAUAUAUUAUUACAUUUUAAUGUUAAUAGUUCGGUACACCUGCAGAAGAUAUGUAUAGUAUAUUACACAAAAUAUGUAAUAUUAUAUAAUUAUAAUUAUAUAAAAUAUGUUAUAUUAUUUAUAUUACACAAUACAAAUGGCAUAAUGUGCUUUUAUAAAAGUAUUUCUACAAGUACAGGACUAUAAGAGAAUAUUGAAGUAUAGAAUUUACAAGCAUA